CGAGCGUGGGUUCAGCCCCGCAGCCCCGCAGCGUCGCGGGAUCUGGUUAUGGUCGGUUCUGCGGUCGGUUCUGCGGUCGGUUCCGGAGUCCCACGGACGCCUUCGGCAGCAGGUCCGGAACCAGGACGAAGGAUGGAUUAUGAUGGAUUCUGUCCUGAUCGGGAUUCUGAGAAUAAGACGGGUAUCAAGUAACUUCACAAGGACCAAGUUAUGAUGGGAUGGAUUUGAAUAUGGGCAAAUGGACAGGCAUGCACGCCUCCCUCCUUGGCCUGGCUCUUCUUCUGUCCUCCCUGAUCUGCAUGCCGUCAGCCUGCUACGGCCAGAAAGCCCACGAAGUUCCUCAGGAUGGGUCCAACUUCAGCUUCACCCAGUCCGUCUACCACGCCACCAUCUACGAGAACUCGGCCGCCCGGACCUAUGCAAACAGCAAAGUUAAGCUGGGCGUUCACCUCGACAAGCGCUCGCUGGAGAUUCGUUACAGAAUCACCUCAGGAGAUGACGAAGGCUUCUUCAAGGCUGAGGAGUACGUACUGGGAGACUUCUGUUUCCUCAGGAUCAGGACCAAGGGGGGCAACGCAGCCAUCCUGAACCGAGAGAUUCAGGACAGCUAUGUGCUAACGGUCAAGGCCUUCGUCAAGGGCGAGUCCUUCUUGGAGACCUGGACGAAAGUCCACAUCCAGGUGUUGGACAUGAAUGACCUGCGGCCCUUGUUCUCCCCCACCACGUACUCGGUCACUGUUGCAGAGAGCGCCCCCCUCAGGACUAGCAUAGCACAAGUUACUGCCACAGACGCAGAUAUUGGCUCCAAUGGAGAGUUUUACUUUUUCUUCAAGGAGAAAACCGAACUUUUUGCAGUACACCCAACCAGCGGGGUGGUUUACGUCAGCGGGAAGCUGAACGUCGACGAGCAGAGCCGCUAUGACUUGGAGAUCCUGGCGGUGGACCGGGGCAUGAAGCUGUACGGGAAUAACGGUGUCAGCAGCACAGCCAAGCUCCUGGUCCACGUGGAGCGCGUGAACGAGCACGCCCCGGUCAUGAACGUGGUCCUCUACAGCUCGUCGAGGCUGAGUGAGGACCCCGUGUACGCCAUGGUCACUGUUGAAGACCUGGAUGAAGGUUUAAAUGGAGAAAUUGAUUCGGUUGACAUCGUGGAUGGAAACUCAGGGCAGUUUUUUGUAGAAAAAUAUGAAGAAGGCGAGUUUGCCAUAAAAGCCUUUGAGACUCUGAAGUGGGACGUGUUCCCCCAGGGCUACAACCUCACGCUGCAAGCUAAGGACAGGGGCACCCCCCCAAAGCUGUCCUCCUCCAGGGUGGUCCGCGUCACGCCGGCGCCGCGCCAGACCGCAGAAGCUCAGUUUGAGCAGGACUUAUAUGACGUCCAUCUGAGUGAAAUCUCACCGCCGGGCAUGGUUGCAGUCGCCGUGAAGGUCGGACCCGAGCCCGACCACCCCCAGUAUAUCCUCACACCUUCUGCAGAUGCAGCAUUAUUUCAAAUUAACACCUUAACUGGUGUGAUCUCCACCUCCGGCUGGUUCACCCAGGUGUCCCAGGGGGUUUUUCAUCUGGAGGUGCUGGAAGUCGACAGCGAUCUGAGAGUGAAAGUGCUGGUUACCAUCGACGAUGCCAACGAUAACGCACCGACGUUCGCUCGGUCCUCCUACGAGGUUUUUGUCAAUGAAAGCAUUCCGGUUGGGACCAGCGUUCUAGCGGUUUCCGCCAUAGACGAGGACGAAGGUGAGAACGGUUACAUCACCUACAGCAUCUCCAGCCUGCAGCCGCUACCCUUCAAGAUCAACCAGUUCUCCGGCCUCAUCAGCACCAGCACAGAUCUGGAUUUUGAGUCCACACCAGAGAUGUUUAUGUUUGUGGUCCGAGCUUCUGACUGGGGGUCUCCUUACAGACGGGAGAGCGAAGUCAACGUAACCAUCCACCUGGAGAACGUCAACGACAACCAGCCGCUGUUUGAGAAGGUAGCUUGCCAGGGGGUGAUUUCUGCCGAUCUCCCCACUGGGGAGGUCAUCACCACCAUGUCUGCCAUCGAUAUCGAUGAACUGGAGCUAGUAAAGUACAAGAUCUUGUCAGGCAACGACCAGGGCCACUUUCAGCUCAACCCCGAUUCGGGGGUCCUCACAUUGCGCCGUUCCUUUGCCACGCUGGGUCCAAAAAAUAGUAACUUUAAUUUAAAAAUAACAGCCACAGAUGGAGAGAACUUUUCCGAUCCAAUGUUUGUCAAUAUCUCUGUUGUUCACGGGAAAUCUCUCCCCAAACACUUCACAUGUAAGGAAACGAGGGUGGCCCAGAAGUUAGCCGAGAAGCUGCUCAAAAAGUCCAAACCUGGCACCAGGUCUAAGCUCGAGGAAGGUUUUAUCGACCUUUUCUCCGUCAAUCGCCAAACGCCCCAGUUUGACAGGACGUUUCCCACAGAUAUCUCGGUGAGGGAAGACCUGGAGGUUGGCUCAAGUGUUUUCCAGGUGAAUGCAUACGAUGGGGACACUGGGUUCAACGGUCAGAUCCUGUUCUCCAUUUCAGAUGGAAACACCGACAGCUGCUUCAAUGUCGACAUGCACACCGGUCUUAUGACUGUCCUUCUGCCCCUAGACAGAGAAAAGCGAGACCACUACCUCCUCAACCUGACCAUUUAUGACCUGGGACGUCCGCAGAGGUCAGCCUGGCGUCUGCUCACGAUCCACGUGGAGGACACCAAUGAUAACGCACCCCAGUUUUUGCAGGAAGAAGGCUACAGAAUAGUCAUAGCUGAGAACACCGCCAUUGGUAGCGAGGUCAUCCAGGUGGAGGCCACGGACAGAGACCUGGGAACGAACGGGGAGAUUGUGUACACCAUUUUGACAAGCACCGCCCAGUUUGGCAUCAACUCCACAAACGGGAUAGUGUAUGUUGCAGGCCCGCUGGACAGGGAGCUGGUUUCUAGUUCUAACCUGAAGAUCGAGGCUCGAGACAUGGCAGACGAAGGAACCCAGAGGUUUUCUGUGACCACGCUGAAAGUCGUUCUGGAGGAUGUGAAUGACUGCCCCCCCCUGUACAUCCCCAGCGUGUACAAGGCCAGGGCUCUGGAGGAUCUUCCAGUUGGAACCGUUGUGGCCUGGCUGGAGACCCAGGACCCAGAUCUGGGGCUCGGAGGCCAGGUCCGGUACUCUCUGGUUAACGACCACGAUGGAUGUUUCGAGUUGGACAGGACCAGCGGAGCCAUACGGCUCAUGAAGGAGCUGGACUACGAGAGCCAGCAGUUUUACAACCUCACGGUGAAGGCCAAAGACAAGGGAAGGCCGGUUUCUCUUCUGUCUGUUACCUUCGUUGAGGUGGAGGUCAUAGAUGUGAACGAAAACCUCUACGCUCCCUACUUCUCCCCCUUUGCUCUGACAGGAUUAGUCAAAGAGAACGCCCGCAUUGGAACUACUUUGCUCCAAGUCAGCGCCCACGACGACGACGGCGGCAGAGACGGGGAAAUCCACUAUUCCAUCCGCGAUGGGAGCGGACUCGGACGAUUCUCCAUCGAUGAAGAGACAGGAGUGAUCUACACCACCGACAUGUUGGACCGGGAGACCAAGGACUCCUAUUGGCUGACGGUGUACGCCAGUGACCGUGGCGUGGUCCCUCAGUUCACGACCAUCGAGGUGUUCGUGCAGGUGGAGGACGUCAACGACAACGCCCCGCUAACAUCCGAGCCGGCGUACCGGCCCUCGGUCCCCGAGAAUUCCCCGCGAGAUGUUUCGGUGAUCCAGAUCCAGGCCCAGGACCCCGACGCCGCCACUCCCGCUACUUCUCAAGGACUCAGCUACCGGAUUAUGAGUGGAAACCCACAGAACUUCUUCUUCAUCAACCCCCGCACGGGCCUGAUCACCACCACGUCACGGAAACUGGACCGAGAGCAACAAUCAGAGCACGUUUUGGAGGUGGUGGUUUCAGAUGGCGGUCCUGGUCCCCGGCAGAGUACCGUGUGGGUCAUGGUUCAGGUCCUGGAUGAAAACGACAACAGACCCACGUUUCCUGAGAAGGUUUACCAGCUCAGACUCCCAGAGCGAGAGCGCAGGAAGAAGGCGGAGGCCAUCUACCGAGUGUUUGCCUACGACCACGACGACGGGCCCAACGGAGACCUCUCCUACAGCAUCGUGGACGGCAACGAGGACGGCAAAUUCUUCAUUGACCCUAAGACGGGUGUUAUAUCAUCACGGAAGGCCUUUACCGCGGGUGGCUACGACAUCCUGACGAUCAAAGCAGCGGACAACGGGCGUCCUCAGAAGGCGUCGACCGCUCGUCUCCACAUCGAGUGGAUCCGCCGGCCGCCCCCGUCGACUCCCCCGCUGCUCUUCGAUGAGCCGUUCUACAACUUCACCAUCAUGGAGAACGACCAGGUGGCCGCGAUCGUGGGCGUGGUUUCCCUGCAGCAGAGCUCAGCUCCCGUGUGGCUGGACAUCAGAGCUUCCAGGUCUUUCCGUGAGAUGUUCUAUGUUCUGCAGAGCGCUGCUGUCAGGAACUCUUCUUCAGAAGGUGGAAACAUCGACAGCGUGUUUGACGUGGAGAAGACGGUGGGGACUGUCGUCAUCGCUAAGCCGCUAGACGCAGAGCAGCGCUCCUUCUACAACCUGAGCGUCGUGGCCACGGACGGAACCAACUCUGCCUCUGCACAGAUCCACAUCACAGUUCUGGACAACAACGACAACGACCCCGUCUUCUCCCAGCCCACCUACGAGGUCACCAUCUCCGAGGACACGCCGGUGGACACGGAGGUGGUCCAGGUCCUGGCGUCGGACCGCGACGAGCAUCACGAGCUCACCUACUCCCUGCAGAGCUCCAUCGACCCCAGCAGCAUGCGUCUGUUCCGCAUCCAGCCCCAGCUGGGAACCAUCUACAGCAGCCAGACGCUGGACCACGAGGCCUGCGCCCAGCACAUCCUCACCGUCAUGGUGAAGGACCAGGAGUUCCCGUACAGAAAGAGUCUGGCUCGUGUUCUCAUAGAAGUGGAGGAUAUAAACGACCACGUCCCUAUUUUCACCAGCGCGCUGUACGAAGGUUCAGCCUACGAGUCUGCAGCCGUGGGAUCGGCUGUGGUCCAGGUUACCGCCCUGGACAAAGACAAAGGCAGGAACGCAGAGCUGCUCUACUCCAUAGAAGCAGGGAACACUGGAAAUGCGUUCCGCAUUGAGCCGGUUUUGGGGAUCAUCACCGUUGCGCGCCACCUGGACUUGUCCAACAUCGGACAUUAUGUCCUGACCGUCAGAGUCACGGACAACGGCGCCCCCUCCUUGUCCACCACCACGAUAGUCCGGAUAGCCGUCACUCUGUCGGACAACGCCGGCCCAAAGUUCCCUCAGCCGGAGUACCAGACAGAGAUCCCGGAGAACGUGAGGGUCGGCACCUCCAUCACCACCAUCACCGCGGUCAGCCAGUCCACCCUCACGUACGAGAUCAAGCAGGGAAACUCAGAACGGGCUUUUCAGAUAAACCAGUACAGCGGCGUCAUUACGACUCAAAAGCCCCUGGACUUUGAAACCACAGCUUCCUACACCCUGGUGGUCCAGGCGGCUAACAUGGCUGGAAUGCUCUCCAAUGCCACGCUGAUAAUCCAGGUUGUGGAUGAGAAUGACAAUCCCCCAGUGUUCCAGCAGCAUCAUUACCGGGGCAGCAUCAGCGAAGUGGCGCCCAUCAACAGCGUGGUGUUGAACUCAGACAACCUGCCUCUGGUAAUCAGAGCCAUCGAUGCCGACCGGAACCAGAAUGCUUUGUUGGUUUACGAGAUUGUCGAAGACACGGCUAAAAUGUUCUUCACCGUGGACCUGGGAACCGGCUCAAUUAGAACCAUCGCUAACCUGGAUCACGAGACGUUUCCCACCUUCAACUUCCAUGUUCAAGUAAAGGACAACGGCAGGCCACAGUUGACCGCUGAUAGUCCAGCCGAGGUCACCGUACAAGUGAUUGACUCUAACGACUCACCACCUCGUUUCACCCAGAGCGCCUACGAGUCGGUGGUGCUACUGCCCACCUACAUGGGCGUCGAAGCGCUGCAGGUCUCGGCCGUAGACCCUGACAGAUACGUUCCUACAGAGCUCACAUACUCCGUGGCUGACGGAGCCCUGGAGAACUUUGCCAUCAAACCCACCAGUGGAAUUAUCGUCGUCAAAAACAGCAACUUCUCCAAAGAGCUAUUUCGCUUCACCGUCAGAGUUUCUGACGGUAAAUUCUCCAGUACGGCCUCGGUGACAAUAAUUGUCCAAGAAGCUCUGGACUCUGGUCUCAGCUUCAGCCACAGCAUUUACUUCUCAUCUAUCCAAGAGAAUGUGUCAAACAUCACCACAGUGUCUGUGGUGAAUGCUGUGGGAAACCGUCUCAACGAGCCGCUGACGUACACCUUGCUGAACCCCGGUACGCGGUUCAGAAUUCGCCCGACAUCUGGUCUCAUCCAGACCACAGGGAUCCCCUUUGACCGUGAAGAACAGGACUUCUACGAGCUGAUCGUAGAAGCCAAAAGGGAGCACGAUCGUCUGCAUGUGGCCAGAGUUAUGGUCAAAGUUCAAGUUGAAGACAUCAACGACAACGCCCCCGUGUUUGUUGGUCUUCCGUACUACGCAGCUGUCCAAGUCGAUGCCGACCCCGGAUCGACCAUCUUCAGAGUCACUGCAGUGGAUGGGGACAAAGGCAUCAACGGGGAUGUGUCCUACCAUCUCAAGGACGACUACGAUCACUUUGAGAUUGAUCAGAUGACAGGAAGCAUCAGCCUCAAGAGGUCUUUUGAGUCUGACUUGUCCAGUAAGGAAUACCAAAUGGUGAUAUACGCCACAGACGGUGGCGUCCAGCCUCUGUCCUCCACCGUGGAGUUUCCCAUCACUGUCGUCAACAAAGCCAUGCCCGUCUUUGACAAAUCCUUCUAUUCUGUUUCUGUGAAUGAAGACGUGGAUGUGCACACACCCAUCCUCAGCGUCAACGCUACCAGUCCUGAAGGUCAGAACAUCAUCUACACUGUCGUUGACGGAGAUCCAUCUCUCCAGUUUGACGUGGGCUUUGAUACUGGGGUCAUAACCGUCAUCCACUCUCUGGACUACGAAGCCACGUCGUCGUACCGUCUGAGCAUCAGAGCCACCGACUACCUGACCGGUGCCCACGCAGAGGUUGACGUCGAUAUCUUUGUCCAGGAUGUCAAUGAUAACGCUCCCGUCUUCAACAAGUUGUCCUACAGGGUGGUUUUGUCUGAAACAGCCAUGAUUGGAACUCCUGUGCUGCAAGUCGUUGCCACGGACAAAGACUCGGAGAGGAACAAUGCCGUCCACUACCGGAUAUUCUCAGAUGUUCACAACAGCACGGACUACUUUCACAUCGAUAGCAGCAGUGGGCUGAUUCUGACGGCACGGAUGCUGGACCACGAGCUAGUCCAAGAUUACGUUUUUGUCGUCAGGGCAACGGACAACGGUUUCCCAGCGCUGAGCAGUGAGGUUUCGGUGAUUGUUGUGUUGAAUGACAUGAAUGACAACCCUCCGGUCUUCAACCAGCUGCUCUACGAAGCCUACGUGAGCGAGUUAGCGCCAAGGGGACACUUCAUCACCUGCGUCCAGGCCUCCGAUGCCGACAGCUCCGAUUUUGACAAGCUGCAGUACAGUAUCCUGUCUGGAAAUGAAAGGAUGAACUUUGUGAUGGAGAAAGACACAGGAAUCAUCACGUUGUCGGGGCACAGGAAGCAGCAAAUGGAGCAGGCCUACAGCCUGAACAUAUCCGUGUCGGACGGGGUUUUCACCAGCACUGCUCAGGUUCAUGUCAAGGUGUUGGGGGCCAAUCUGCACAGCCCAGUGUUUGAACAGAGCACCUACGAGGCAGAGUUAAGAGAGAAUGCUGCCGUGGGAACCAAGGUCAUACAGGUGAAGGCGACAGAUGCAGACCCUGGAGAGUUUGGCCACAUCAUGUACUCCUUAGUUACCGAUGUGGGUAAUGACCAGUUCAGCAUCGAUGCCAGUGGUCAGGUCAGAACGGUAGAGAAGCUCGACCGCGAGGACCCGGCCAAUAGGAACAUUGUUCUGAUGGUAGCAGCUCAGGAUUCAGGGGGACGAGUCUCUUACUGUGCCAUACAUCUCACUCUCUUGGAUGAAAACGACAACGCACCCCACUUCAGCGCCACAGAGUACAGAGCUUCCCUCAAACACGAUGUGGCCAAAGGGUUUCUGGUGACCCAGAUCCAGGCUCACGAUCCUGACCAAGGCUCAAACGCAAAAGUGAUGUUCUCCCUCUACAGCGAAGCCCACGUCCCCGUGGUGGACAUCCUGGAGAUCGACCCGGUGAACGGCUGGAUGGUGACCAGAGGCAGCUUCAGCCACCUCAGGAACUCUGUGCUGUCGUUCUUCGUGAAGGCUGUGGACGGAGGGAAUCCAGCCCGGCACUCUCUGGUGCCCGUCUACAUCCACGUUCUCUCCCCUGACGCCUUCAUCCCCACCUUCAGCCAGCAUCAGUAUUUAUUCGGCGUACCAGAGAACACGCCCAUCGGUUCAGUCAUUGGGUCGGUUCACCUCGACAUCCCCGACGUUCAGACUUCAUUCUCUGCUACUUUUGCUGCAGUGAAUGGAGAAACGGCAGAAAACAACCAGGACGGGGUGUUUUUGGUGGACAAGCAUACGGGAGUGAUCAAACUGGAUAAGCCCUUGGACCAUGAAGCCACUGAGGCGUUUUACUUCAAAGUUGUUGCCGUGGCUCAACAAACCAGGCUGGAUUCUGUCUCGUACGUUGAUGUUGAAGUCAGAGUUUUGGAUCUCAAUGACAACAAGCCGGCCUUUGACAGCACCUCAUAUGUUACUUCUGUCAUGGAAGGGAUGGCCGUCGGAACCAGAGUUAUUCAAGUCCAGGCACGAGACCCCGACUCGGGGGCCAAUGGUCAAGUCACGUACAGACUCGGGAGCUUAAUCCAGUCAAAAAGGGAUUCGGAGACGCUGCAUCGGACCUUCAGCAUGGACAGCAACACCGGCUGGAUCUCCACACGCAAGGACCUGGACCACGAGACCAGUCCGUCCUACGUGUUCACGGUGGUGGCGUCGGACCUCGGGGAGAGCCUGUCCCUGUCCAGCACCACCACCGUGACGGUGUCGGUGUCCGACGUCAACGACAACCCCCCCACCUUCAUGGAGAGGCACUACUUUGGCUCGGUUCUGGAGAGCGACCCCCCCGGCGAGGUGGUGGCGGUGCUGAACACCAACGAUGACGACAGCUCUGCCGUCAACCGACACGUCAGCUUCCACAUCACCGGGGGGAACUACCGAGGAGUGUUCGCGCUGGGCCUGGUUCAGGGUGAAUGGAAGAUGUACGUGAAGGGCCCGCUGGACAGGGAGGAACGCAACCUGUACGUCAUCAACAUCACGGCCAGCGACGGCCUGUUCGUGUCCCAGACGGUGGUGGAAGUGAUGGUCCUGGACACCAAUGACAACAGCCCCGUCUGUGACCAGGGAGUGUACAGCGCCCAGGUCCCGGAGGACCUGCCGGUCAACAGCGUCCUGCUGAGGGUCGGAGCUACAGAUGCAGAUGAAGGAGUCAGCGCUCAGAUCUGGUACUCCCUCCACGGCCCCGGAUCCCAGGACUUCAGCAUGGACCCAGAUACCGGUGAGAUCAGGUCUUCGGUGUCCUUGGACCACGAGACCACGGCCAGUUACCGGCUGGCCGCCCAGGCCACCGACGGCGGCGGGCGGUGGUGCCGGGCCGAGGUGCAGCUGGCGGUGACGGACGUGAACGACAACCCUCCCAUCUUCACCCUGUCACAGUACACCACCAGCAUCUACGAGGACACGCUGCCCAAAGCCCUGCUCACCCGCAUCCAGGCCAUCGAUCCGGAUGAAGGUCCAGGUAGAAAGGUGGUGUAUUCCCUGAGCGACUCAUCUGGAGGCCUUUUCUCCAUCGAUGAGUUCUCUGGGAUCGUGGUCCUGGAGCGCGUCCUGGACCGGGAAGUCCAGCCGACUCAUCAGAUCACAGUCAGCGCCUCUGAUCGGGGUUCCCCCGUGGCCCUUCACUCGCUGGUCAACAUCACCAUCACCGUGCUGGACAUCAACGACAACCCGCCGGUGUUCGAGCACCGGGACCAGCUGACCACGGUGCCGGAGGACGUGCAGGUGGGCGGAGAGAUCCUGAGAGUGUUCGCCGCCAGCAAAGACAUCGGGACCAACGCUGACAUCACCUACAGCAUCAGAUCUGGAAACGAGCACCGGAAGUUCCACAUCCUCCCCAAAACUGGAGCCAUCCUGGUGGCCCAGCCUCUGGACUACGAGACCUGCAGGGACUACUUCCUGACGGUGGAGGCCCGAGACGGCGGCACGCCCCCCCUGAGCGCCAUCACCAUGGUGAACAUCAACGUGACGGACGUCAACGACAACGCUCCCAUCUUCAGCCACGACCUCUACAGCGCCGUGGUGUCAGAGGACGCCAACGUCGGACAGUUUGUGACACAGCUGACAGCAGAGGACGGAGACAGUCCCCUGAACGCUGACGUCUUGUACGCCAUCAUCAGCGGAGACCGAGACACGCAGUUCUACAUCGACCCGGUGGCUGGAGUCAUCAGAGUGAACAAGCAGCUGGACCGGGAGAUGGCCCCCAGCUACUCCCUGACCAUCAGGGCCGUGGACAACGGGAUCCCAGUCCUGUCCUCCACCGUACUGGUCAACGUGGACAUCUCAGACAUCAACGACAACCCGCCCACCUUCUACCCGGCCAACCUCACCACCGUCAUACAGGAAAACAAGCCGAUCGGUACCAGCAUCCUGCAGCUGUCCGUCAUUGACCAGGACUCCUCCCACAACGGCCCCCCUUUUUCCUUCAACAUCCUGUCGGGGAAUGAGGGCCAAGAGUUUGUCCUGGAGAGAGAUGGAACGCUGGUGGCCAACCAGGUGUUCAGACGGGACCUGGCGACUGAAUACGUGAUCCAGAUCCAGGUCUCUGACUCCGGGAGACCCCGUCUGUCCUCGUCCUCCACGCUCACCGUCACCGUGAUCGAGGAGAGCCUGACUCGGCCCGUGGCGUCGCCGCUGGAGAUCCACAUCGUCACCAUGGAGGACGAGUUCCCCGGGGGCGUGAUCGGCCAGCUGCACGCCUCGGACGCCGACCCGUACGACGCGCUGACCUUCGGGCAGGCCCCGCCCGCCCAGCGCAGCCUCUUCAAGAUCAGCCCCCACGACGGGAAGAUCAUCGCCCUGGGGGGGCUGGACGCCGGCAGCUACUCGCUCAACGCCAGCGUGAGCGACGGCCGCUUCGUGGUGCCGGUGCCCGUGAGCGUGAAGGUGGAGCAGGCCACGCUGGAGAUGCUGCACGACGCCGUGACGGUGCGCUUCGAGAGCAUCACGCCGCGGGACUUUGUGGCGCGGCACCUGAAGAGCGUGCUGAAGGUGAUGCAGCAGGCGGCCAUGUCGCAGCAGCAGGACACGCUGCACAUGCUCAGUCUGCAGCCCGUGGGCGGGACCACGCAGCUGGACAUGCUGGUCGCCGUGGAAACGGCGGCGGGCGGCUACUACAGGGCGGCCUACCUGACCCAGAAACUCAGCGCGUCACGGCGGAAGCUGGAGGAGCUGCUGCGGGUGUCGGCCAUCUUGGAUAAGAACUGCUCGGGUCUGGAGUGCCGCGGGGCCCAGUGUGACCAGACCAUCAUCCUGGACUCACACAACCUGGACACCUACAGCACGCCGCGCUUCAGCUUCGUCUCCCCGCGCUUCCACCGGACGUCGCGCUGCACCUGUAGCGAUGCCAGAUGUGCCGUGGUCUCGGAGCAGUGCGAGGACCAGAUGUGUCCCGCAGACAUGCAGUGUGUUUCAGCGGAGGCCGCCAGGGGCCGCUACGUGUGCCAGUGUCCGCCGGGGAAACUGGGAGAGUGUGCAGGACACUCGUCGCUGAGCUUCUCAGGCAACAGCUACAUCCGGUACCGGCUGUCGGAGCGGCUGCAGACGGAGCUGCGGCUCACGCUGAGGAUCCGGACGCUGCAGAGCCGAGGGAUCGUCAUGUACAUGCACACGGAGCGCUGCGUCAUCCUCAGGCUGGAGGAUGGGAAGCUGUGGCUGCAGUUGGCCUGCUCUCCUGCGGGCGGUGCUGCUGGUUCUCCUGACAUGCUGGGCCUCUCUGGGCGGCGCAUCAACGACGGCGGCUGGCACACGGUGGCGCUGGAGCUGCGGAGGAACUUCAGCAGCCUGGCGCUGGACGACAGCUACGCCGAGCAGCGGCACGCCUGGUCGGCCCCGGUCUUUUCCGCCGACAGAUCCAUCUACUUCGGAGCACUGGUGCAGCCCCCCAACUCCCGCAGCCUGGUGGACCCUGAGCGGGACCGGCAGGUCCUGGAGGGGUUCCAGGGCUGCCUGGACUCCGUCCUGCUGAACAACAAGGAGCUGCCGCUGCAGAACAAACGCUCGCUGUACGCAGAGGUGCUGGAGCUGACGGAGCUGAAGCUGGGCUGCAUCCUGUACCCAGACCCCUGCCUGCACCAGCCCUGCCGCAACGGAGCCACCUGCAACACGCUGCCCUCCGGUGGAUUCUCGUGCAGCUGUCACCCCCAGUACACCGGAGGGAGGUGUGAGAUGGAGAUAACGGUGUGCGUUCCCAACCCUUGCCAGAACAGUGGGGUGUGCAAGGCCAUCGGCAACGCCUUCCUCUGCAGCUGCAGGAGGGGCUUCAAAGGUCUCAUAUGUGAGGAAGAUGUGAACGAAUGUGACCGAAACAACCCUGAAGGUGAGUGUGAGAACGGCGGCACCUGCAUCAACACUCCCGGCUCCUUCUACUGCAACUGCACGCCGGGCUUCGUGGGCCAGCGCUGCAGCCUGCGGCCCGUCGUCGUCCCCAACAUGCAGGCGGGCCACGCCGUGGUCGGCAAGGAGGAGCUGAUCGGCAUCACCGUGGUGCUCUUCGUCAUCAUCAUCCUCAUCGUCCUCUUCAUCGCUUUCCGCAAGAAGGUUUUCCAGAAGAACUAUUCGCGGAGUAACCUGUCUCUGGUCCAGGACCCGGCCACGGCGGCGCUGCUCAACAAGGCCAGCUGUGUCCAGUUUAAGACCCUACACUGCACCCCGGGAGAUCACCUCAACCUGUACUCGGAGCCGGGCAUGGAGCCCACCAUAGUGGGGGGGAUGGGGUUGAUGGGACCCCCGCAGGUCCCGGUGAAGCCCAUGGCCUACACGCCUUGUUUCCAAGGAGACCCGCUGUCCAAACUGGAGAAGAUGUCCGACGGGAACCUGGCGGAGCACAUGGAGAUGAGCACCUUCCACCCGGACUCACCCAGACUGCUGUCCGGGGUGACCAGCAGGGGGGUGGUGGUGUGCAGCGUGGCCCCCAACCUGGCACCGGUGUCACCCUGUCGCUCCGACUGCGACUCCAUAUGCAAGAGUCCUCUGUCCAGUGAUGAAGGGAAGAUGGUUGACAUGACAGAAGAAGAAACCCAUUUCUCAGGGAGCAACAAAGGCCGAAACUCAGAAGUCCAGUCACUGAGUUCACUUCAGUCCGACUCCUUAGACGACAACGCCUCCAUCGUGACCGUCAUUCGACUGGUCAAUGAUGCAGUCGACACAAUUGAAAGUGAAGUGUCAGUUAUGGACCAGAGUGAACCCUUCAACCGAGCAUACCACUGGGACACGUCGGACUGGAUGCCGAGUACGAGGCUGUCAAACAUCGAGGAGAGCUACGAGGCGAGUUCUGGCGGUGAAGGGGUCACUUUGGCGCCUUGUCUCAGAGGAGGGACCCAUGAACUGGAGUCGGACUACUACCUGGGAGGCUAUGACAUUGACAGCGACUACCCUCCAGCCCAUCAGGAGGAGUUCCUGAGUCAAGAGCAGCUGUCCCCCCCGCUGCCCUCCGGGGAGGACUACUCCGAGCCGUACACGCCGUUGCUGACCAGUCUGACUAAGGACAACGUCCUGAGCUCCGGCAGCAGCAGCAGGCACCAGCACACCAGGCCGAACUUCCACCCCAGCCAGUACCUGCCCCCCCACCAGCUGCCCACCGGGGAGGGACCCCACGGGGACUCGGGCUCCUCGGCAGGCGGGGUCACACCGGUCAACGGAGAUGUCGGUGACUCUUUGUGGCGGAGCGUGCGGCUGUCGGUCGGCACAUCAUCGGCCUCGGACGUGUCGGCCCCCGGCGGGCUGGGCUCCGAACACGGCAGCGACUUCGAGAGCAUGGACGAGCUCCAGCGAGGCGUGACCAUCACCACGGAGUCGCAGCAGCAGACUGAGGUGUGAAAGAUGUUCAAGAAGGUCGAAGCAGGUAGAAAGCUCAAGGACGGAGACGUUUCAUCUGCACAGCUCAACCACCUUCCAGACAUAAACAGUCAUUUUAAAACCACGCUUUUAUACUUCACACGUACUGUACUCCCCCAAAACCACGACCGGCCAUGCAAGCGUGUGGUUCCUGGUCGGAUGGGGAUGUAGUGGUGAAGGUAAAAUGGUUUGAUUAAGAAUGUAAAGAGACGUUAGUUCAGGAGAUGUGCUACUAACGGACACCUAAACCAGCCGAUGCCUGUAGGCCCGGCCCAUCUGCGACCUAAACGGGCCCCAUGUUUCAGGCCCUUUAGUCGUCAGAUGGCCCUCGCAUGCAGAUGUGGGCUGGGAAAAGACCACCUCGCAGAAUCCAAGCCACUUCCACCCACGGUGAGGGUACAGAGUUGGGCUGAAACCUCGCUCUGAACUGGCACAACAGUUUUUUUAAUACAACGAAAAAACAUUUUCUUUCAUCUUUGCUUUGUAACGUUUACAGAACCAGCAGGACCUCACUGUUCGCUCCAGAAAACUGUGACGUCACAGUUCAAACAUGAAUGUGUCUACUGUUGAGUUUCCUCAGUUGUGCCCUGGACCUGCACCACAUCCCCGGAUCAUGACACUGCCACCGCCGUGCUGGAGCACAGCUGCAGAGGCAGGACAGGUGAAACCCGCUGGAACAGAUAGGUUCUCUGAUCUCCAUCUCAGUCACAACAUGCCCCCCGACGCUGCUCUUCAGAUGGUUUCUUAGGCCCCGUUUACACUUCUCAUCAUCUCGAUCAUUUCUCAAAGUGGAGAUUUGCAAAAACUCUGUCUUCACGUUUACUUGUAAACAGAGGGAAACGGGCAUUUAGGCUUCAGAACGUCACAUUAUGGGACAGAAACGUCACCAGCGUCAUGUGUGCGACCUGUGUUUACAAUUUGUUUGGCCACCAUCAAUAUUUUGUUGUAUUUUACUUGUUUUAUAUUCUAACUCGGCCAGCAUGACUUUAUGCUUCUCGUUACACUGCCCCCUGUAGGUUUGGCAGCUCAUUGCACCCCUUAACAGCGUAUUUAUGCAGGUUCCUGUAAAUGAUGGUAUUUUUCAAAACGUAGAGGGGGAAAUAUCCAUUUUUGUAAAUACCCGGCUAUGUGUAAAAAUGGCCUUAGUGGAUCAUAGUUCUGGAGGGAAAAGUAGGGUUCUCCUGGCAGCUACCAGCUGGUCGGAGCUCCGUCAGCAGCGGUGACAUCAACCAGAUCCUCCUGACCUUUGGGUGAAGUCGUUGAUCCAAGGGCUCUCCCUUGCUUUUUCCUCCAGAACGGUGAAUGUUGGACAGGUGUUUGAAAUAAAGACUUUAUAAUAGUUGUUGUGACUUAAAUGAAGAUCAGAUCAAUUUUCAUCAUCAAUAAAUGCAGAGAAUGGACUCGUUCCAGGGGUUCCUGUUACUGUAACCGCCAUGUUUGUGAUGGAGCAAGACCACAAGUCCUCUUCAGUUUUGCACUCAUCGGUCCAUAGCAGAGUGUCCUCAGAGAGACGGGUCCACAGCUGUCGUAAACGGCCACAGGACUCUAUAUCUCCACCUACGUUUCAUAGUUGGUGCUACAGGAAGCGUCAGUCCUGGACGUCCCCCACGCGCCACGUGGUGGGUUGUUUCGGCCCAUUUUCCGUCGCAGCUGACUGAGACUGAAACAUGAGGUCUGCAGACCAGGGCCAGUAGGUCAGGACCACCAUCCUCUUUGGUUUAUUUCCAACCUUUUUAAAAACAAAUGUAUGUAGUUUAAAACAUGGUUUGUGAUAUUGUUUUAAAAAAAAAAAUCACUAAAUUAAAGCCACUCUGCAGUAAUAGUUCAUCUGACCACAGGGGGCAUCGCAUCACAAGAACGUUCAUGGGGGAUCCUCUGGCGUUGGACGAUAGACUGGAUCCAAUUCAAUUCGUAUUUAUAUAGCGUCUAUUACAACAGAAGUUGUCUCUAGGAUGUUUCCAGGUAGGGUCGCCACCCAUCCCUUGAAAUAUGGAAUUGUUACGUAAUUGGGAAUUCAAAGUUGCAUUCCGUAAUGAACCAAUACGGACAUAUUAUAUUAUAUAUUAUUUAUUGAUGUCAUAAUAUACGGGUGAAGGUCAGAAAAUUUGAACAUAUUGCAAAACUUAUUUCCCACUACAUUCAAAGUGAGAUAUUUCAAGCCUUUAUUUGUUAUAAUUUUGAUGAUUAUGGCUCACAGUUUAUGAAAACCCCAAAUAAAAAAUCUCAAAAAAUUUGAAUAUUUUAUUAAAUCAAUAAACAAUUCAAUCAUCAAAAUUAUAACAAAUAAAGGUUUAACAUAUCUUGCUUUGCAUGUAAUGAAACGAUGUAAUAUAUUAGUUUCACCUUUUAAGUUGAAUUAUUGAAAUAAAUGAACAUUUCCACCUUCACCUGUAGGCUAUAUUCUACAUCUUGACUGAUGUGGACAUACUUACUUACUUACAUUUUAUUUGAAAGAUACCAUGUGUAAUUAAAAACAUAAAUGCAAACAUUUGAUGCAUUGCACCAGAGUUAGCCUUAGGCUAAUUUGCAUCUGCAGUCCCUUGGUACAAAUAAAUACGUAGCAUAGGAGGCUAUUUCAGCUGCUAGUAUAGUUGGCUGUCUGUACAGUCAUGCAAGUUCAAUCCUAUUAAAGCACUUUAAACUUUAAAUCAAAGCAUUUUGUUUUUUCAUAUAAAAUACACAUUUUUAUGCAGUUUAGAAGUUUUGGGGAUGGCCCUUUUUUUUUUGGCGCCUGUGCUGCUGAAAUCGGGGCGUCCCUUAUUUCUAUUUCUGAAAGGUGGAAACCCUAGGAACCGUCCACCCCUGAACUCAGUUUGAAAGACCAGUUGUUGCCCCUGGUGUAGCACCCAGGGGAGCGACCUGGUAUUGCAACGGCUGCCGGACCGCCAACACUCAUUGGGGGAAGUGGCGUCCCCAUGUGGUCAGAGGUGGUACUGCAGAGACAGGCUUUAAAACACAAAAGGAAAUGCAAAAAAAAAAGUCAUCUAAUUAAGUUGCCAUGGUAACGGAAACCCUGCGAACGUCGCCUGGCAGCCACUGUAGCAUCGGUAAUUUAUUUAUUUAAUGUCUAUAAAAUCUUUGUUGUGAAUGUCGGAGAAGUGAUGUUUUGUUUUCCACGAGCAGGAAGUGCUCCAUCUGUGGCCCCUCUGGGAUAUGAGCGGGUUGAAGGGGGGCUCCGGUCACCGGGGCUCCGUGGGAACCAGCCUAGGCGGUUCUGCUCCGCUUCAUGGACAGUGAAUUGGCCCGUAACGGGUGUCACUCCUGGGUCACGCGGGUCCGGAACCCAACUGGGGGACUCGCAUGGACUUAGCAUAGUGCUAGCAUGGCCCUAGCAUAGCGCUAGCAUAGCGCCAGCGGCCCGUCCCACACACGGGGCACCGGUUCUCUCUCAGCCGGGCCUCGGGUCCAGCCGCCGGCUGGACGUCACUGCCUUUCACAGUCUCUGUUUCAGAAGAAUGUAAAAAUACGGAUGUUCCCUCCGCGUCGCCCGUCCCGCCGACUCGAUGACCAGCCUUCUUCAGGUUUCCCUCUGUUUCCUGUGAUCUGUUUCACGUUUUCCAAACGUCCGCGUCCCCCCAGCUUUGCUGCAUUUGGGACGCAUGGCCGCGUGUCCAGAGGAAGCUGUACGGUUACCUGAUCCCCCUGCGGGUUGGGCCUCGGGUCCGACUCCCCCCCGUCCCGUUUUCUGGACAGACUCUGUGUUUCUGUGUAAAUCUGUGUACAUAGCUGAUUGUUAAAUGCAGAUUUUGUAGAUAUGGGACUGCAGUCCGGAGCUGCCCGUGGGUUCCUCUCGCACUUUGACGCGACUGCGGAGAUUCUGGGAAACCCGUUCGGGCCUCCUUGCUUCUCUGCCUCUAACUCUUGGUUCAAGUUGUUUUUGAUGCUUUUAGCGUUGGUUUUUUUAUUCCUCGCGGAGGACGGUUCAGUCAAAUAACCGAACUGUGUACAGUUUAAAAUCCUGAUGUUACAUCUGUGGGUAAAUGAAUGUGGUAACGAGGACUCCUUUUGUUCACUCCUUUUCAUCUGGAAUGUUUGUUUUUCAUUUGUUUUCAGAAACAGAGAGAAAACUGCCUCCCGUCUGCAUACAUUUAAUAAAU